AUGGCGCAAUGUCCGUAUGCGAGGUUCAUCUGGACCCUUUCCCCGAUCAAAGAUCCCAAAGAUGGAGUGAUGUCUAACUCCCUCUACUCAAACUUAUAUCAUGUUUUGAGAAAUCCGCUAGAUGGAAGUUUGGAUGAUGAGCGGUUAGAGUUAGGUCCUUGGAUCCUUUGGAGAUUAUGGAAGAAUAUAAAUGAGUACAUAUUUAAGGGGAAGGAUUUUGGUGGGGACAUCACUAUAAGGAAAGCAAUAGAGGAUGCAAAGGAGUGGAACAAAAGAAAUGUGGUAAAAGAAAGUGAGGUGAAAGUCCCAAUAUCCAAUCCUAUCUCUAAGGUUUGGAAACCACCGAGUAACUAG